GUUGAAGGUUCUGGCCAUGGCGGCCAAAUUGGCGUUCAAUCCCUAUGAGGUACUUGGACUAGAACGAGGCUGCAGUGACAAGGAUGUACAAAAAGCGUAUAAGCAGCAGUGUUUGCGAUGGCAUCCGGAUAAGAAUUUGGAUAACAAGGAAGAAGCCGAAAGAAGGUUCAUUGCGGCAAAAGAAGCAUUCCAGUUCUUGUUUGAUAAAAGUAAAAGAGGGGAGUAUGACCGCGACUACGAGAAAGUCAAGCAUCGUGAAGCGGCAUAUAAAGCUCGUAUGGAGAAAGCGGAUGGUGCUAGGAGAAAAUUUAUAAAUGAGCUUCAACAAAGGGAGAAGGAGUUUGCUGAACGAUCCAGGACUGCAGAGCAUUUAACUCCUGCGCAAGCACAUCAAAGGCGGAAAGAAGAGGAAAAGAAAAUACGGGUCGAAUUUGAGGCUUUGCGAAGAAAACUAGAGCAAGAAGCAGCUGAUGAGUUGCACGCGCAGCAAGAAAGGCUUGCUCGACUUGUGAAGGGACAGGAAGAAGAGAAGAAAAGACAAGAAGCCGAAGACAAGCACCCCACUUUGCAAUUAAAAUGGAAACCAACUGGUGACACUGAUUACGACGAGACGGAAUUGAGGAAGAUUUUUGAAAAGUACGGUAACAUCGUGACAAUAACGCCGAUACGCACAACUAAGAAGGGUGGACGAUUGUGCAUGAUUGAAUUUGAUACUGAUCUGACCGAACUGGGUGCAGAAUUGGAACAAGGCAGCAAUGGUCUUGAGAUAUCAGGUUCUUGGAUAAUCCCGCCCCAACCACCAAGUGAGGAUGCGAAGAAGACUGACGUUGAUGACAAACGUUCAAACAUAGCAUCGAUGAGCUACGAGGAAUUACAAGCUCAGUUGUUCGCCGACUUAGAACCACCACCCGAGAAGAAGAAAAAAUGGCACGAGGAGGAACAAUGAUUUAUUGUGAUGAAUGCGGGGUCAUACGGAGCUUUCUUAUGUCUAUAUAAUUCUCGAGAAUGAACUUCCACUCUCGUACAGCGUAUCUAUACUGUCUGUUGUGAAAUGGAUGAAUAUAUUCAUCGAAGCACAUAACGUUCAACAACGAAGAUUUAUUGACAACCUUACAUUUCAGCCCAUAUAUUAAACAGAAUAACACACAUUCAGUAAGCACGCUAACUAGAUUGUUACGAGAUCAUUUGGGAACAAGAUUAUGGUGUAUGGAGUUCCUAGAGAAGACGGGGGAAUUCUUUGGACUAGGUCACACUACCGUAAAAGCAAACUUCUCGGCCCGAAAGCGCUAUGAUAUUGUCAUAAAGUUUCGCAGAUUAGUCCCCUUCCUAACAAGUUUUUCUGCAUUUCGGACGGUGCUAUGUCCUCUAGCUGUUUUUAACCUUCAGAAGCACUGGUGCAUAAAUUAUCACGUUUAUUGUGUUCUGGGAUUUUGUGAGCUGAAACUAGUGAAGUAAAG